GUCAAGCAAACAACUUGUACUUGAAGUAAGCAGGAAUUAACCGAAUUUCAUCAGUUUUGUUCACAUUCUGUGCCUGUCUUCUGAUUUUAUGGACAGUCUGAUGGAAAGGACUGCCAGAGAUCUUACUCUUUCAAGUCAAGUUUACAGCCUUCAAGUCAUUUAGAGUUUUCAUUUCCAUUAGUUGUUUUCAUCUUUCUAUACAGAAGACUACAGAGGCAAUCGAACAGUAACGGGUUAUCUGCAAAAAUAUAUGUCUGGAUUCGUAAGUAAAGCAGCAUUUCAGGAUCAAAUCCAACUUUGAGCAUGCGUCGUACACUUUGCUCAGUGUGGCCAAACGAGGCUCAGAGGAGAGAGGAGAGGAGAUCUGAAGCCAGGCUGGCUCACGGGAUACAACGGCUCGAUGAGGCCAAACGUUACCAUCUGAACACACUGAACCGAGAGCAACAAGCACUACAUCGCCAUCUUAUUGCCCUUAAAACAGGUAACCGAUGGAGAGGAUUAAACACUCCGGUAUCACGACCCUCCAAUCAUCUCAGCAACCCUGCAGUGUCCUAUAACAAGACCCGAUUACCCAUAAUCCCACCUGCAGACAGGGAGACAAACAGGCAUAGGUCUGGGAAGCUGGGGUCCAUUUUCUCCCUGCAGGCUCGUGUUCAGGACUUUCUCAGCAGUGGUGAAAACAGGGCUGAUAACACUUCAGUGCCUGUGUGUCUGCCAGACCUCAAACCACAGCCCUCAAACAUGCUUCCUCCAGCUUCUCCAACCAGAGAGAAAAAGGAGGGAGAUAGGGAUGGACAGAAUAAGAAACACAGGGCUGUAGAGAGGGACGGACGGAAGUCAACACACGGAUUUAGUUCAAAGGACGGUCAAAGAGAAUAUGAUCAGAUAGCAGCAAGAUAUACAGAUAAAGAAGAGGAGAUGAAUGUAGCAAUACCCUACUCUACUCCUCUUUCUUCCCUCUCUGACACCCACGCACCUGACAGCCAGCUGAGGAUGGUUCACACACUUCCUAAUUUUGUGCAAGCAAUGGCAGAGGCACGCAAAGCCAGAUACAUACGUCAUAGAGGACAGCCUUUGUGCGACAGAGCACUGAGCAUCAGAGAGAUAUUCGCAAGAGACACACACAGCACUCACUAAUGUUCUAGUGUCACUACUCUGCUUCACACUCCUACAGUAUAUACUUGAGGUCUGUGAGCACACACACACUUUUAUUCUACACAAGCUGCAUUUUUUAAUAAAAAUAUAUUUUUAUGGAUACCUAAACAUCUAACAAGCUAUAAUAACUCAUUUGUUGAACUUUAAACAUCAUUCUGGAGAUCAUAAUGGACAGAAUUACUGAGCAUUUUAUACAUUUUGUAAACUCUAUGAGCCAAAAAAUAAAAUUGGUGUCACAACAUGACCUUCAUUUUUAAUUCUGCUCAUCACAAUUUAUUGUCAACAUCUUGGUGGGAUUUGUUGAGCAUAUAUUAAUGUUCUAAUAUCAGCUAUGCAUAAGUUUACAUUAUGAAAAUAUCCAUCUUGGAGUUCACUUCAUAACUGUUGGCCAGAUCAAGAACACCAUCCAGAACGAGGCAGGUGUAUCUGUGUCAACGUCAAGUAUUAAAAGAAAACUUCACCAGAUUAAAUACAGACCUUAAAAACGGUUUACGGCCUCAACGGCCUCAAAAUCAGGAAACAACAUUCUAUGGACAGAAAUAUAGGAAGAAAGAACGUAUGUUAAAAGAAAGGAACCGCUUAUGAAUCUAAUAAUACCACAGUGUGUGCGGCUGGCAGUGGAACCGGUUCUGUUGUAUUUAUUGAUGACGUGUUAGCUGAUGAAAGCAAAGCAAUAAGGUGAAUUCUAAAGUGUACUGUAUUUGAUUAUAUUUUCUGCUCAGAUGCAGACAAAUGCUUCAAAAAUCAUCACAGGAUAUGCCAUUUAACACUGCAAAUAUACAAUGACCCGAAGCAUACUUAGCAGACUUUUUUAAGGAACCGAAGUGGAAUAUUCUGCACCUGAGCUGAAUUGAAACACCAGAAGAACAAGCAUGAACUGAAGACAGCUGCAGUUAAGACCUGGCAGAACAUCACCAGGGAGGAAACCCAGUGUCUGGUGACAUCUAUUGUUCAGGUAGUCAGGGACAGCAAAGGAUUUUUUGCAACCAAUUUUUAAAUUAGAAUUUAAUGUAGGCUUAUAUAUGUCAAAAAAAGGGGGGCACAUAUUAAAAAUGGCUGUAAUUCCUACAUCAUGUCCUAAAUGGUGUACCUAAAAUCAAAGCCUUUACUUUGAGCUUAUGUUUGAGUUUAUUAUUGAAUUUCAACUCAAAAUUCUGUGAAUAUUUGUCAAUGUACAAAUAUUCAUUGACUUGACUGUACUUUAUAUGAAAUGAUGAAAUGUAGUCAUGUCAUUUCUGUAGGUUAAUACAAAAACUCACCAAAUAAUAAAUAACAGAUAAAUAGAAAUGAAUAUUGCAUUGUAAUA